AUGGUGUCUGGAUCGGGAUCCGUACCGGUUUUGGUGUUCGGGCGUGCAUCACUUCGAUUUGUAUUCACCACAACAGAUCCGAUGGACCCCCACCAAUUGGCCGGCCAGCUUGGCCAGGUGUCGCUCGACGGAAAGUCACGGAAGAAGCGGUCUGCACGUGCGUUUCAUACCGACUUCAGCACCGGUCCCGAACUGGCAUUUCCGACCCCACCAACCGUCAACAAUUCACCCUCGGUUCUUCAUCAACAAACACCCUCGGUUUCUUCACCAUCGACUUCUUCAUUUGCUGCGCCCUACGGCGAUAAUGCAUCUCCUAUGCAUGCAUCGCACCCUGUACCUGCAGCGGUUGCAAAUCCAUCUCAGAACGAUCUCUCGAUCCAGACAAACAGGUACAAUCAUCAGAAGGAGUAUAUGACAUCAGUGGAUCUGGAACCGUACAAGUCGUUCUACACGUUUCAUAAUGUGGUUCCUCCAACUGCCGGCACUCAAAUUCAUACGGUUGACCAAGGAACCGCAUCUGGAAAAUUUAUUCGUUCCACCAUGUAUAAUGUUCCAGAAUCCGAACAGCUUCGAGCUGCCACCAAGCUUCCUAUGGCUGUCACAAUUCGUCCUUUUGCACCGUUAUUGGAAACAGAAGAGCCAAUUCCGGUGGUGGAUAUGACGCAACUUGGUGAUGUUCCAGGUGCAGAUGCUCUAGAUAUAGGUCCCGUUAGGUGUCGAAGAUGUCGUACCUACAUGAACCCGGCCAUGCAGCAUACUCCCAAUUACCGGUUCGUGUGUAAUAUCUGCCAGUUUCCGAAUAAUACUGUUCCUUCGGACUAUUCGUCGAUGAUAAACCCACAAACCGGUACUCGAGUAGAUGUUGCAAUUCGACCAGAACUCCACAAAGGAGUGUACGAUAUCUUGGUUCCCAAGAGCUACAAUGUGGGAGGCCCGGAAGUUAUACCUCAAGUUCUUCACCAUGUAUUUCUUAUCGAUGUAAGCGAACAGAGCAUUCGUCAAAACUUGCCGACACUUUUCGCCGAUGCCAUUCGUCUUGCACUUUACGGUGAAGCAGAAACGUUCAACUCCCGUGUUUGUAUCAUCACGUUUGACCGUCGACUCCAGUUCUACAAUCUUUCGCCGUCACUUUCCACCACACAAAUCAGCAUUUCGUCGGACCUCGAAGACCCUUUCGUGCCGCUCAGCGACGGGCUUUUUGCCGACCCCGAGGAAAGCAGACAUGUUAUAGAGAACAUGCUUGAAAACUUGGAGCUGUUACUGAUGGAAAACAACGUUUAUGCUGACCCCGAGCCAUGUUUUGCAGCCGCCUGUCGCACCGCCAUGCUUUGUCUUCAAAGUGUUGGAGGAGGAAAAAUCACCUCGCUUCUUUCGACGCUUCCAUCCUGGGGCCCUGGCAGUCUCCGGUUCAAAGACAAUCGGGCCGUGGGCAAGCUUCUUUCUCCAGAGUUGGAAAAAGUGGUGUUCACUCCAGACAACGACUACUACAAACUUCUCGCCAAAGACUUUAUUCUGCUGAAUGUAGGACUCGACACAAUUGUGGUUACACCUUCGUCGGUGGAUCUCUCCAACAUAGGGUGGCUCUGCUCCAUUUCUGGUGGGUCUGUGUACCGGUUUCCCGACUUCAAUUUUGAGCGAGACAGCAAAGUGGUUUCAGCCCAGUUUGUGAGCUGCGUGAACAAGUGCCGCGGAUACCAAGGUCAGUUGAAGCUCCGGUGCUCCAAUGGACUCCAGGUUUCACAGUACUACGGCACCUCGUCGGACGCUACUGCUUCUGGCUUUAUGGGAACCCAGGAUCCAGUGUUGCCUAUUCUUCACGAAGACCAGUCGUUUACAGUUCUUAUGACUUACGACGGGAAGCUCGAUACCAAGUACGACUGUCAUUUCCAGGCGGCUUUGCUUUACACCGAUCCAUUUGGUGUACGAAAAGUUAGAGUCGUAAACUUAGUUUUGGCCGUGAGCGAGAGACUUGAAGAUGUUUUCAACUUUGUGGAAGAAGACUCGGUUGUUUCCACCAUAGUGCGAGAAACCGUAUCGCAUGUUGGUGUACAAAGAUUGCUUGAGCUUCGAGAGUCGGUCAAUACAAAACUAGUCGACGUUUUCACCCAGUACCGUGCCAUGUGUGAAGUCAACCGACACCAGCUGGGAGCCCCAAACCAAUUGCUCUUCCCAGACUCAUUGAAACAUCUUCCCAUCUACAUGUUGUCGCUCAUCAGAACCACCGCUAUUCGAAACUCCAACACUUUAUCUGCCGAUGCCCGGCUCGCUUCCAUCUACCAGUUGCUCAGAAUGCCGGUAGAAAGAUUGGUUUACACCUUGUACCCAGCAUUGGUAGAGUUGCACUCUCUUCAAGACGACGAGUGUAUGGUUCCAGACACCUCAUCUAACCCAAACCACUUCAUCUCGCUUCCAGAGUACAAACCGGCAACCUCCAAGAUUUUGCAGCCCGGUGUAUACAUCUUGUGCAAUGGUUCCCAGGUGUUUGUGUGGGUUCAUCCUGAUGCCAAUGAGCUCUUGAUCAAGGAUUUAUUUGGCGACCAUAUAAAUUCCGUAAAAGAUAUCGAUCCAUUGAUGGACGAGUUGCCAGACCUACCUUCUCAUAUUUCGCAGCAAGCCAGAAAUUUGGUUCGUUUUUUCCAGAAAGAAAUCGUGGGUCUUCCUUCGCUAGACUGUGCUGGUGUUAGAAUAGUUCGCCAUGGAAUUGACCCUGGCGUCAAUGCUUUCAGAGAAAGCUUAAUUGAAGAUUCCAUUGGUUCGCUUGGAAAUCUGUUACCACUGUUGCCAGAUUAUCUUAGCAAUCUCCACAAGGCUAUCAAGGUGAAGCUCGAGAACGACAAGUCUUCUGGAAAGGUAAAGAACUCUGUCAAGGCGGCGGAAGACCACUCGACGUUGGCACAAAAGUUGAUUCAGUUUUAG